AUGAUAUGUGUGUGUAAUGAUAAGCAUCCUGUGAGAUGGAGAUAUUAGAUGAACCUACAGCUUGUUUUUUAUUUACACAUUGUAAUCAUUCAUAUAGAAUAGGGCAGCAGCACAUUGCUGUGUAUAAUUAAGCCAGUUAUUAAACAAAAACAUGUGAGCGGGUGAAGCUUAUAAUACAUUUCUUGAUCAUGGCUGAUAACUUCUAAUAGUUAAUUGCCUAAAUUUUUAGAUUUUUCAUUCGACUUUUGGCAACAAAGCCAUCCAGUGACUAAUUUUGUGAUUCCCUUUGUAAUAUUUUGUAGUAUUUGUUCUCCUGUUUAUUUAAUUCUUGUAAGCGAUGAGAAAAAAUAGUUAGUAUGAAAUUAUCGUAUCCCGGCCGUGUCGCCAUCUGUUGGUGCAUCCGCAGACUAUUACAAGUGGGCCACUAUCAGUGCUGGCACUGCUAAUGAUAACGCGUGUGCAGACUAAUAAAUUAUAAAUCAUUGUCAUUAUAAGCUUUCAUAAUAAUGGUAAAUGCCGUAGGGAGAGCAGAUAUGAGUUGAGUGAGGUGGGCGGCCGUGGAUGAAGCGGGCAUCCCUCCUGCCUACGUAAUCAGCCCAGCGGCGGCCCGGGCGGCCACAGGUUAACCAGUGUUGUGUUAGCCAGUGAGUGGAGUGUAGUGUACUGUGCUUCUGUGCUGCUAUGUGUGCUUAUCCAUGGAGUUUUUAGCCCCACAAAGGUGCUUGGCGUGUGGAAUAUGUCAAUUAUGGAUCCUCUAGUUGUGGACGAAGCCCUCAGCGCUUGUUUAGAGCGCGACUGGGAGGGUGGCGUUGACAACGAUGGCCUGGACAUUAGUCAGCUGGAGAGUUACAUCAACGAUGACAACACUGACACUAUGUACUUCGGUGACCUACAGGGCGGCCUGGCCGACAUGAAGGGUCUUGGGAGUGGCACACCAAGGGACUCUCCUUCACGUUUCCUGCACCAUCACCACCACCACCAUCACCACCACGCCAACCUCCAGCACCACUCGGCCCCCUCGCAGCUGGUCAUGGCUCAGCCUCACCUAAGUUCUAGUGGCUCUUCCACUACCACCAGCAUGAGUGGCCCUCCACCUCCCUCCAGUAUGGACAGUAGGCCCAGGCUGAGUGGCCCUCCACCUCCCUCCAGUAUGGACAGUAGGGCCAGGCAAUCCCAGGCCACAGGGGCCAGGGGCACUACGCCUAUUGGCUACUACAACCCUUAUCACAGCUAUAACUCCGCCUACACUGGUUAUCGGCACCACCUUCCUGAUAGUCCGCCUGACUCUGGCUCCGAGCCCUACUCCCCCCUCGACCACCCAAACCUCUCUCCACACCAGAAGGUUGGUGGUAUUGUCGACCUGUACAGCAGCGCCCCUGGCGGCAAUAUGAUGGCCUUCUCCUCGUACCCCGUGUUACAGGCUACGCAGGCCCUCCCCAACCCCACCUCACACAACCCCAUGCAUGGCAACAACAGCCUGGGAUAUCAGCAGCCAAUAAUGCUGGGAGGGUCUCAUCUGAGCGGGUCGUCAGUGCCUGCCGCAGGACUGGGGUCUACGUCUACGGCAGUCUACGGCGGGCCGCAGAGUGUAGUGAGCCAGGGGCCUGCUUCUGGCGGCGCUGCUAAUGCUGCAGCCUCUCCUGCCGCACCUCCAGGGGCGGCGGCGGUGGCUGCGGCUAAGAAGAGAAAGAUGAAUGAUUCUGGCGGUAUGGGUCCCAUGGUUAACAUUAAGCAAGAGCCAGACCAAGGAGUAACGAGCCAUCUUGGACCUAACGUGGCAGUUACGUCGUACUCAGAAGAGGAUGAGUACACCAUGGAUUCAACUGGUGGACCCUUCAUGGAUUCCUCCUACCAGUGCAUCCGGUUCCACAACUUCCAGCAGCACUCCUGGGCUGCCCUCUGUGAUUCUGCCUUGAAAGAGCUACCACUGCCAACUUUCCGUGUGGAUGCUGAUAAAGGCUUCAACUUCUCUAACCCAGAUGAAGCUUUUGUCUGCCAGAAGAAAAAUCACUUCCAGGUCACUGUUCAUGUCCAGGCAUCUGGUGAACCUGUGUUUGUGAAGAGUCCAGAUGGCCUGCAAAAAGUGGACCGCUUCUAUGUGCACUUUUUUGGUGUCAAAACAGAGUCUCCAUCACAAAUGAUACGCGUGGAACAGAGCCAAAGUGACAGGAGUAAGAAGGCCUUCCACCCAGUACCUGUUGACCUGAAGAAUGACCAGAUGAGCAAGAUCACAGUGGGUCGUCUGCAUUUCUCUGAAACCACAAGCAACAAUAUGCGUAAGAAGGGCAAGCCCAACCCGGAUCAACGCUACUUCUAUUUGGUGGUGGCUCUUAAAGCUCACUGUGGAGACAAUGCCUACCCCAUUGCUGCCCAUGCCUCAGAAAAGAUCAUCGUCAGAGCAUCAAAUCCAGGUCAGUUUGAAAGUGAUGUCGAGUACACAUUCCAGCGAGGAACAUACCCUGAAUCUAUAUACCACAUGGGCCGUGUGGGUAUUAAUACAGACCGACCUGAUGAGGCACUUGUAAUUCAUGGCAACCUCAAGAUCACCGGACAAUUACUUCAGCCUUCAGAUAAACGUGCCAAGAAGGAUGUGGCCGAGAUAGAUACAAAGGAGCAGCUAAAAAAUGUACAAAAUUUAAGAGUGGUGAAAUAUGCAUACAGAGAAGAGUUUGCAGACCAGGCUGGCAUGACAGGUGACGAUGUGUAUGACACCGGUGUCAUAGCCCAAGAGGUAAAAGAAGUUAUUCCAGAUGCAGUCAAAACAACUGGUGACAUCACUUUAUCUAAUGGAGAAAAAAUUGAGAACUUUCUAUUGGUUAACAAGGAGCGCAUAUUCAUGGAGAAUGUUGGGGCAGUGAAGGAACUGUGCAAGGUGACGGGAAAUUUAGAAAACCGAAUUGGAGAACUUGAAAUAAUGAAUAAGAAAAUAUCACAGCUUCGAAGAUUUGAAUCCUUCAAGUCAACAUCAUCAUCUGUAUCGACCCGCACUUCAGCUACAUCCCGAGUAUCAUCAGUGUGUCACCGAAAUCGUGGCUGUUCCAAGCGUCACAAGCACAUGGGCAGUGCACAUGAUGAUGGUAUUUGCAGCAAUAAGACACUUCAAGUUACCACAAUUACUCUCGUGUGCAUAAUGGCAUUUUGUCUGAUGGCAAUGGCAACUAUCUAUAUUCUGGAUUACCAAGAAAGACGCAAAGAGCUAACCAUGACCACAGCAAUGACAACGACAGCCACCACUAUAUUCCUGUCAUCCUCUAUGGUGACGCCAACUUUGCGGCCAGCUUCAACAGAAAGAACUUCCUUAUCUAGUGAUGAUGGCACUCUUACAUCCGUUGUAUUUACCACCAAACCAACCUUCGGGAGCACUACACAAAGCCCAUCCAUUCCAAAACCACCUGUCAUUGGGAAACCUGAAGAUUGUCAAGAAACUGUUCCUAAUGAAGAUCCAGUAUGCCAGGUAUACUGCUGCCCUGCAAGUAAUCUAUGGAUGGGUGUCAUAACACCUGUUCAUCCCAGCCCGAGCACUGCUGCCACCGCCAUUACCAUCACUCGUCGCAUCAUACAUUAUGGUACUACAACAGUUCCUGCAACAAUGUCACGCUAUGGUGAAGUCAUUACUAACAAGCUCUCGACUAGUGAUCCUAACACAGUUAAUGAUUCAACAACUCACUCUGAAACACCACGGUUUAAGCCCAUGCCAAGCAAGAAAUCUGGCACUCUUGAUCAAAUGGCCCGUUUGGCUCGUCACAGGGCCCAACUGAGUCGACCUUCCAGUUCUCGCAGUAUCAAGCAAACCCUUAGUAAGCGCUCAAUUCACUCCAAACGGUCUACUGAGAGCACUUCAUCAUAUUAUAAGUCACAAAUGAGUACAAAUGCCCAGAUCCCAACAAUAGAUAUUGUGGAACUGAACACAACCAUCAGUCACUUGUAUUGUCUCAACUCAUCUGACACCUAUCAAGAUUGCUUUGCCAAUACAGCCAAAAACUACACCUAUGGCCUACCUAUCUCAAGAUUCAUGCCACACACCAAUCUCACAUUGCACUUCAGAUUCAUGGAAGAUGAUUUUGCCAGGCAGCCAUCCUUUUGUGCCAACUGCAGUGACAGCAUUCCUUCAUUUCCAUUUGAGCAGUGUUCAGAUACUGUCAAUGUACUUUCUCCUUAUGAAGUGGUGGAAAGUAAUGGGGAAAGUCCACGUGAUCAUUACGUUACACUUCUCAAUGUUGGAAUGUGGCAUCAGGUUGCAUACAAGUUUCGUAUACCAGUUGGCGGGGGAAAUGAGGAUCCCUGCAACCUGACACCAGAGUACAUUGGGGAAAAAUAUUAUGAAUUAAACUUCAUAUUUCAACGUAUUUGUACCGAUUGAAGGAAACAAAUUUAUUAUAAGCACAUUCUAAAUUAAAUUUUUCAUCAAACACUUAGGUAAGAUAAUGCAUCAAUGGUCAAAUUGUUUUUUGUUUCCAUGAUUAUGCUCUUGGCUAUACCUUGCAGUUCUGGCUGUAAGUAUUUGUGCCAAAAAUGCAUCAUUCAGUAUUUUAUUUUCGUGAACAUUUCUGUUUUUGUUUUUUAUAAGACUUAUGGACUAAACCUAAUUUGGUGGAUUUUCAUUACAUUUCUAAAAUUUAAACCAAUGUUUUAAUUUAGCUUAUAUGAAUAAUGUUGGUGGGCAAUUAUUUGUAGGAUAUGACCUGUUAUAGGUAAAAAGAGUGUGUAGGAUGGCUUGUUGAAGAUAUGGUCAUGUUUAAUAUGGCCUGUUACAGAGAUAGCCACAUGCAAGAUGUGGCUUAUUACAGAUAUGAACUUAUUACAGUCAUAUAUAUAUGGGAUAUGAACUCUUAGAGGCAAUCAUAUCAAGGAUCUGAUUAGGUGUAGUUUAUGAUAAAUAUGUAUAUAUUUUGUAAAUAGUUAAAUUAAUAUUACAUGCUUCAGUUAAAAUAUAUUUGCCUAUAUCUACUGGAUGAUAGAUAAUGGCAGAUAGAAUAACCAGGUAUAAACAUAGUUGAUUAUUUAAUGAUUUUAUAAAAUGAUGACAAGUUAAUGAUGUACAAAAGUAAUAUUUACCACAAUAUUAUUAAGUGAAGUGUCUACCAUGUUAAAGAUGUCUUCAUACUACUGUAUUUGUUAGAAUUGCAACCCAUUCUCCAAAAUUAUAGUAGUGUAUCUAUAGUAUAGUAUGAUGGUGGCUGGAACGUACAAAAUGUAAAUGUGCCCCCCAAAAAUGUUCACAUUUUGUACUAUGAUUUUGUAAAGGACCUGAAAAAGAAGCCAACCAAAUUUUCUGUAAGCCUAGUAUAGUACACAAAUAAUAAAUCAGGCCUGAUAUUGCAUACAUUAGGCCUAGCAUCACUUAUUUAGGCCAAGAAUAAGUUAGGUCAAGAGUUAACCUGUAAGUUAUGUUGUCAACAUAACAUAGUUUUUAUAGUUUUUUUAACAUAAAACUAUGUCAACAUAACAUAGUUUUUUGUACUGGUUAUUAUACCCAUAGAACAUUGACUUAUUUUAGGAUGCAACAGUCCAUAUUUUGUACAUUCCAUCCAGAGUCACUAUAGGUACAGUAAUAUUUUUGAGGAUGGUACAUCCUCAAAACAUGUACAUGGACAUGAUGGUACAUGUACCAUCAUUUUGGUACAUCCACAUUUUAUGAGGAUGGAUUUCAGAAUUGUUAUGGAAAUUCUGGCAGAGAUAAGCACUGCCACUGAUGAGCAUUUAGCAUCAUUAGAUCAUCAUGCUUCAUCACCCCAAACUUGUGCUUUUUAAUUUUUUAUAAUAAUCAUUUUAACAACAAACUCAAGUUGUACAAAGUCACAUACAUAUACUAUUGUAUACUAUACAGUAUGCUAUAGUAUACAAUUUUGUAUGCCACAAUAUACAAUACGGUAUGUCAUAGAACAUCAAUAUACCAUAGAGUUGUCAGGUCACAACCGAUAGGUUCUGGGUUUAAUUCCCACAGCACGACAAAAUUACUCGGGCAACAUUUCCUUUCACCUGAUGUCUCUGUCCACCUAGCAGUAAACAGGUACCCAGGAGUUGGGCAACUGUUGUGGGUUGCAUCCUGGGAAAGGUCAGUACUUGGUUUAGGGUGACUACAAUAGACUUAACAGGCUUCCGGUAAAUGACUAUGUAAUACCACAUGAUAUCCCAUAGUACAGUAUGUACAGUAUUGCAUAGUAUACUAAAGUAUACCACAAUAUACUAAAGUGUACAAUAGUAUGCUAAAGUAUACCAUAGUACGCUAAAGUAUACCAUAUUAUACUAAAGUAUACCAUAGUAUACUAAAGUAUACCAUAGUAUACUAAAGUAUACCAUAGUAUACUAAAGUAUACCAUAGUAUACUAAAGUAUACCAUAGUAUACUAAAGUAUACCAUAGUAUACUAAAGUAUACCAUAGUAUACUAAAGUAUACCAUAGUAUACUACAUUAUACAGUAAAAUUUUGUGUACAAUAAUAUAAUAUACAGUACACUUUAGUGUACAAUAUGUAUAUUAUAUACAGUAGUUAAUUUUACUGUGUACAAUAGUAUAUCAUAGUUCUGCUGUUUAAAUUGCCUGUUGUCUCAUCUGGGGUCCCACAGUUGAUGUUAAUAAGGAAAAGGCGUCCUCUAAUUUGACAAUUUACCUGAGGGGCCGCUAUCUCUCUCUAGAUGCCUCGAGGACAGGAGGCCAGCAGCUUGUCAAAAGGUCCCCCAUCCCAUUUGUCCUUACCAGUCUGCUUUUUAUACUAUAAAUUCUAUAUUGUAGUUUAUCAUAUUAUACCAUGCUUUAAAUAGCUCACUCUGGGACAAACAGGAAAGUUUCUUAAAAUAAGAGUAAAGUAAAAAGUUGGUUAGCAUGAGUAUUUUUUCUCCAUUCACUGCAAGUGUUGCUGAUUGUGAAAGGAAGGAGAUAUAUACCGAGUUAUACCAAGAGGUGUACCCUGCUUCUUAAGUGUAUAUACAGUGACUUUACUUGACUUCUGAGCCAUGUUCAGAACUAAAGUAUAUAUGCUGGUGGACCAGUAAGCUCUUGUGGUGGCCUUAGUAACCCUCCCAUGGUUGAUUAGCUACACCAAACCAAUUGCUUACUGAAUCAAUUUAGAAUUUUGUUUUAUCAUAUGACACCCAGUGUCGUCGGGUGGCUGAGGCUGAUCUAUCCUGAAGCCAUCCUCAAAUGCCUUUUAACAGUAGUCAGCUCAGUCAGAACACACCCCAAAGGUCCAGGUUCAAUUGCUGGUCAAAAUGAGACAUGUGGUCAUGUUUUCUUACACCUGAUGCCUCUAUUCACCCAUCACUAAAGUGUUACCAGGGAGUUUGGAAACUGUUUUGAGUUGCAUCCUGAGGAAGAUCAGUCCCAUUGGGACCUCUAAAAGCCUAAAAGGCUUCCUAUUCCCAGUAAUGACAAAUCAUUACAGACAAUGUGCAUCUAUAGCUUGCUUCAAAUGUAUUUGAAUUUAAUGCUGUGCUAUGUAUCACUUUGGAUAUUGGAGCAAACUGUUAACUGACUAUCACCUCUGUGGCACUAUUUGUAAUCUUAAUUAUAAUGAAUAGUGUGUGCCUGUUUCAAGGCAUGGUCUAUCACACUGUACAGUCUAAGUAUUGCUGUCACCUUCAUUCACAGAUAUUAGCAUACUUUGUGGAGUAUUUUGUGUUUACAAGUGUAAUUGGGGUUUCUUGGUUGGGCAAACAAUUACAAGUUUUGUAAAGUUUUCUUUGUUAUCACCGUUUUAUGUCAAAAUGAGUUCAAGCUAAUAUAUUCUAAAUGCAGGAUACAGUGGUUAUGGAUACAGUAUCUGAAAUUUAAAUAAUAAUUACCUUUUACAGUAGAGGUAGUGUGAAGUGUAUUACCUUACAGUAGGGUACUAUGGGGUUGUAAUAAAAUGUCUAUGAUCUCACUUGAUACUUUAGCCAAUACUUAAUUUGUAUUAUGAUUUACUGGUUAAGCUUAAGAAGAAAUAAAGGUAAUUAUGCCUCUACAGACAUUAUUAUAUUAUUUUCAUACUUUAUCACUAUACAUAUUUGAAAAUUUUAAGAAAAAUGAUUUAAAAUUACCUUGAACUCAGACUUUUCACUUUUCUCAGACUAGGCAACAUUUCUAACACAAAUUUUUGAUAUUAGGACGUAUGUAUUAAUUCCUUUGAUUAAGUCAUUAUUGAUUGUGACAUAUGUGAUAUUUGUAACUUCACACACACAUUCCAAGAGUAUAAUAUACAAUUUUACAAAUUUAAUACAUUGCAGAAUGGUACUUUCUAGUUUUGUAAAUAUGGGCCAAGCUUGUACAGAAGAACAUAUGAUUGACAUUUAACAUUUAAUAAAUGUACUUAAGUUA